AGUUGUUGACAUGGCGUCCGUGAGUUGAGAAGUACGGUGAUUAAGUGUUUUAAAAUGGCUGGGAGACGGUACAUAACUGAUCUUAACACUCCGUUUUUCUCUGUAGACGAAGAUGACGUGGACGAUGAGACAUUUUUACGACAUUCAAAAUCUGGAAGUUCUGGAUACGUUCUUCCUAAUACUUCCUAUUGUCAGGAGAAAAGUGCUCUAGAAGAUAAGCGAUUACAGCUUUUAGAAAGGAAGAAAGAAAUUGAAGAUAGAACUGUCCAGUCGUCUGAAAGGUCUAUUAGUUUAUUACGAGAUUCGGAGCAGAUUGGAGUGGCAACUGCCGAGGAGCUUAUACGUCAGAGAGAACAGCUAGAGCGUACAGAAAAGAGAUUGGAUGAUAUUAAUAAUGCGCUUCGAUUCAGUCAGAAGCAUAUUCAGGGCAUUAAGAGCGUAUUUGGCAGUUUGAAGAAUUAUUUGAGUGGAAAGUCUGGAGAGCAGGUUCCUGGCCCAAGUCUGAAGCAACCAGAUGAUUCUUCUAGUAGUUUUGGAACAACAGCAACUUCUAGCCCAUUAGCCAGCACAGUGAAUAGUUCAAAAGCAAAUCUUGGUUCAACAAAUGAAAACCAUCCAGGUCUCAAGAUACGUGGUCUAUCUGGAGAUCAUGACACAUGGAGUCAGCCUGACACUUCCAGUGGUAACAAUGUGAAUAAGGUUAUAGAUAGAAACCUUGAGGACAUGUGCUCUUCUCUGUCACGUCUCAAGGGCCUUGCACAAGGACUUGGUGAGGAAAUUGAUACUCAGAAUGAAGUACUAGAUCGGCUGAAUGAUAAGACAGACAAGGCUGACUUUACCAUCCUACGACAGAACAAAGAAAUGAAUAAGCUACUCAAGAAAUAAUGGCAUAAAAUCUUUUAAAUUUGAUAUGGGAUUCUAUUCUUCAGGUGUAAAGGACUUGGGGUGAGAUGAUUCAAGUCAUUCAUUGUUGUAUCAUAUUUUGAUUUCUUAUUAAUGUUUAGUCUAUUUCUAUGCUUUGUAAACUAGUAUAUUAAUGGGAAUCAAGGUGUAUAAUUAUUUUGACAUUACCAGAAACAGAAUUUACUGUUAUGUCUGAAAAAUUCUGCAGUCAAGUGUAUUCCGAGCCUAUAGGAAUAAUUAUUAUAAGGAAAAUGCCAUAUUUAUAACUUUACCCACUGUAUCUUAAAUGUUAGGUUUUGUUUGCUGUAGCAA